AUGCCUCCUAAACGCAAUCCUGAAGAUGUUCCCCAAAACCUCAAGGAGAAGCUACAAAGUCUCCAGGGUACCAAUGCCCGCGGCCGUCGCAAUGGCGGCGCGAAUGCUACGAACGGAAGCAACUUGAAAGAAGUAGACAAUGCUUCUACCAAUAGUGGGCAGACCUCCAACGACCUGAACUCGUCAAAUAUCAAAUGGGCCUCACAGGAAGCCUCCGUGCUACAGGGCUACCGGCGAACCUACCGCCUCGACACUCCUUCGGCCUUCAAAAACCCUCUUAGCCAUGUGGUGCUCAGCCAAGGCAUCGGACGCCUCUCACCUACAAUGGCGCGUCCCAAGUCGAAACGACGGAUACAUAAGGAUCAGCUAGCACUAGCAGUGCGGAAGAACUUCAAUGCACUCGGUGUCACCGAGAGCGACGUCAUUGUCGACUGGCUGUAUAAGUCGAAACACCAAGACAAAGAGUUCCGAGUCCGGUUCGCACCACAACGGAAAUGA